UCUCCGUCCCAUCUCAACCGCCCGUCCGCGCCUUUGUCAUUUACUCGCCGCGCACCAAAAACAACCGUACAGUCCAACCCGACCCCGUCUAAAUCACAGGGGGGGCACACGCCGAGACUGAAGGGGGAGAGGCACAGAGAAAGGAAGAGAGGCCAUGGCGUCGCUGCCGCAGCGGUUCAAGCUGCUGGCAACGCGGUGCGCGGCGGGAGCUCCCAGCCCGUCGCGGAGCCCCGCGCCGUCCUACUCCUCCGCCAGCCCCGGGUACCGCCUCCGCCGCCGCCGGGGGGCCAGCAGCAGGCGCCGCGGCGGCGGCCGCCUGCGCCGCUUCCUCUGCCGCCGCGUCGGCGGCGGGCCAGAGCCCACGGAGGAAGACAAGAAGCCCCUCGUGGGCCGCGGGGGCCGCACGCUGAGGGAUCUGUUCGUCGCGUCUCCGGAGGCGGGCCGCCGCCGCCGCGGCGGCUGCGGCUGCGACGACGAGGAUGGGGAGGGGGAUGGGGUGGAAGAGGGGGCUAUUGGUUCCGUCAGGGCGGGGAUUGCUCAUGGCCAUGGAGGCGGCGGCGGGGGAGGGAGGAGGUUCGGGUCCGGCGGGCUGCGGAGCCUGCUGAUGCGGCGGAGCUGGCGGCCGGUGCUGGUGGCGAUCCCGGAGAGCGAGGGCAAGAUCGAGCUCGGUGCCAUCGAGGAAUAACAACAGCAUCAUCCUGAUCGACUGCUAGAAUCAAUCAAGAACCGCAUGCGGCGGCAGGGAUUGGAACCGGCCCGGAAUCUUCGCGUCUUUUUCCUGCUUUCUCUUUUCUUGUUCUUGUUCCGUUUCUUUUCUCUUUUUACCCUUGUGUAGGCGAGUACUGUCCCUGUGAAUACCGAAAUUUACUAUAGUAGUACUACCCAAUUACUCCUA